AUGGGCCGUUGGUUGAAGCCAGAUGUUUACCCGCUGAUCGGCGCCAUGUCGCUGGUGACGGGGAUGUGCGUCUUCCAGCUCACCCGGAACGUCUUCCUCAACCCGGACGUCAGGGUGAGCAAGAGCAACCGGCAGAGCGCGGUGCCGGAGAACGAGGAGGAGGGCGAGAGGUACAGCCAGCACGCCUUCCGCCGCUUCGUCAGCGCGCACCGCCCGGAGGUCUUCCCCGCCAUCAACCGCUUCUUCUCUGGGUUCAGCGCCAAGUGA